AUGCAAAGUGGUAGGGCAACAGAAAAAACAGAUGUAUACAGCUUUGGAGUCUUGGUGCUGGAAGUUUUGAGUGGGAAACGACCCACUGAUUCAUCAUUCAUUGGGAAAGGCUUGAAUAUUCUAGGAUGGUUGAAUUUCUUGGUCCUUGAGGACCGUCAAAGAGAAAUAAUUGAUCCACACUGCGAUGGCGUGCAGAUUGAAAGCUUGGAUGCUUUGCUCUCUGUUGCCAUUCAGUGUGUUUCCUCAGCUCCAGAAGAGCGGCCUACAAUGCACAGAGUGGUGCAAUUAUUGGAGUCAGAGGUUAUGACACCGUGUUUGAGUGACUUUUAUGACUCUAACUCAGAUUAG